UAUAUAUCGAUCCACAUACAGCAUGGUGACUUCGGCCAACAAUGCGAGGAGUUCCCAGUGGAUCAGUGCUUCGUCCCGUUGUCUGUCAUUGCGCGCAGGGUGUCCGAGCUUCGCACACGAAAAGGGAUUAAUGUCAUACAUGUUAUCAUGACGAGCGACGAAAGGGACUCGGAAUGGUGGUCAGAGAUUAGGGCAUUGGGGUGGAACGUGGGUAGAUUGUGCAGCGGAACAGACAGAGGAGAUAUAUGGAAAAUGGUGAGCCGUCCGGUGUUCCUCGAUGCCCAUCAUUCAGUCGAAUGGAGCUGGCUUCUUUGGCACUCGUGGUUCCACGAUGUCCACACUAGCUAGCCGCAGAGUACAGUUGUGGCA